CCAGGAGCUGGCAGGGGGAGGUGGGAAGUCUGCUGCCUUUUACACAGCUUUGUCAAGAGCGGCUCAUCCGAAGGCACAGAUCGAGAGAGAGUGUGAGAGAGAGAGAGCGCCAUCACAGACUGGAUUUACUCUCAAACAGACUUUUCCAAAGCACACACAAAGAGGGAGAUUGACGAUCCUUGAAGGCCUGUGUGCCUUGAGUGACGACACGUGACGUGACAGACUCACAGGAGGAACCAUGGAUGGCAACGUGGACAUGAGGUCGGAACUGGAGGAGAUGCAGCGUUGUGCUGACCAGAUCACAGAUGAGUCUCUGGAAAGCACCCGUCGAAUGCUGCAACUGGUGGAAGAGAGCAAAGAUGCUGGGAUCAGGACUCUGGUCAUGCUGGAUGAACAAGGAGAACAACUUGAUCGUGUUGAGGAGGGCAUGGACCAGAUCAACCAAGACAUGAAGGAGGCAGAGAAAAAUUUAUCAGACAUGGCAAAGUGCUGUGGCCUUUGCGUCUGUCCCUGCGCCAAGUUAAAGAGCUUUGAGGCAGGAGGUGCCUACAAGAAGGUGUGGGGGAAUAACCAGGACGGUGUGGUGGCCAGCCAGCCUGCCCGGGUGAUGGACGAUCGGGAACAGAUGGCUAUGAGCGGCGGAUACAUCCGAAGAGUUACUGAGGACGCUCGGGAAAAUGAGAUGGAGGAAAACCUGGAUCAGGUGGGAAGCAUCAUCGGAAACUUGCGACACAUGGCUCUUGACAUGGGCAACGAGAUCAGCUCCCAGAAUGCCCAGAUUGACCGGAUUGUGACCAAGGGGGAUAUGAACAAAGCUCGUAUUGAUGAAGCCAACAAACAUGCCAACAAGAUGCUGGAGAGUGGCUGAAGGAAAGGAAUCCAUUCAGCCAGCCCACUCGCACUGCCAGAUUCCCCAUCCCAUUCUCCACUGCAGCAUCUGAAAGGUCCUGGAGGGGCAACUCCCCCUGUGCUGUGAUAGGAAACCACAAGGUUCAAUAUCUUUGUGUACAUUUUAAUUUAUUUUGUAAUUUUUUUCAGUGUAACAAAUUGUUCCAUUUGUGGAAAGUGUAUCUUUUUAAAUGUGAGUUUGUAUUAAUGC